GCUAUGGCUAUAAUGCAAGUUAACUUUUACUUCCUUGUACACACAGAUAGAGGAACUGACCGUUUUGCGGCUGGUCUUUUUGUCAACACUCUACAUCCUCUCCAGCUUCAUUUCAUAACCUUCAAAUCAUGAUCAGAUAGAAAACAAGCGGCAACUUUGCACAGCUGGGCAGAAUCGUUUUCACUUGUAAAGCUGCAGAUAUGGCUUGUUGGGGGCAGCAGGGCGAGAUGACGGAGUACAAGAAGAUUCUGAUCAAACGGGACAUGGAGAUGGGCGUCGUCAUGACGGUGUUUCGGCAGAAGGCGGAGCGGCUCACCGUGCAGGUCAUCAUGGAGACCCGGCAGGUGGCGUGGACACGCACCGCCGACAAGACUGAUGGUGUCUUGGACCUGUUUGAGAUCAGAGAGGUUCGUCCAGGGAGGAACUCCAAGGACUUUGAGCGCUUUAAAGACGGCAAGGAUAAACACGAUGAAAAUACCUGCUUCACAAUUUUCUACGGCUCCCAGUUUGUUCUCAACACCCUCAGUCUGGGAGCUGAUUCUGUGGAAGAGGCACAAAAAUGGCUGAUAGGACUGGAACUGCUGAGGCAAGAGACACUGGCAGCUCCAACGCCGGUUCUCAUAGAGAGUUGGCUCAGAAAGCAGAUGUAUUCAGUCAAUCAAACCAAAACAAACAGCCUUUCCAUGAAGGAGCUGAAGGCUCUGCUUCCUUUGCUCAACUACAAGGCCCCCAGCUCCCGUGUUCUCAAAGACAAGUUCCUGGAAGUGGGAGCAAAGAAAGAGCGGCUGGAUUUUGAGCAGUUUCAUAAAUUGUACAACCACAUAAUGUUUGAACAGAAUGAGAUCCUCGAUGAGUUCAAAAGGGAAUCGUGCGCAUUUAUUCUGGGAAACACAGAUAAACCAGAUGCUUCAGCGGUUCUGCUUCAUGACUUCCAGCGCUUCCUCAUCUACCAGCAAAAGGAGCCCUGGGCCAGUGAUCUGAACCAGGUCAGAGAACUGAUGACCACCUUCAUCGACGACACCAUGAGAAAAACCAAUGAUCCCGAGUUCACCGUCAGCGAGUUCCUCAGCUUCCUCUUUUCCAAGGAGAACUCUGUGUGGGACGAGAAGUUCUCAGAGAUCAGCAACCUGGACAUGAACAACCCUCUGUCCCACUACUGGAUCAGCUCCUCACACAACACCUACCUGACAGGUGACCAGCUUCGUAGCGAGUCGUCCACAGAGGCCUAUGUACGCUGUCUGCGUCUGGGAUGCCGCUGUGUUGAAUUGGACUGCUGGGAAGGGCCCGGGGAGCCAAUCAUCUACCACGGGUGGACCAGGACGACCAAGAUCAAGUUUGAGGAUGUGGUCAAAGCCAUCAACGAUCACGCUUUUGUCGCAUCAGAGUUCCCAGUGAUCCUGUCCAUAGAGGAGCACUGCCCUCUAGAGCAGCAGCGUCAGAUGGCUCGAAUCUUCAAAGAAGUGUUUGGAGACAAACUGCUGACUGACCCUGUGGAGCAGAUGGCUGAGCAGCUACCUUCACCUACACAGCUGAAAGGCAAGAUCAUACUCAAGCACAAGAAGCUCAGUGUGGAGGGAGCAGGAAUCACUAAAGACUUCAGGAAGGGGCAGAAAGAGGGAGACCUGGAGAUCUGGGACCCUGUGGACCAGCGAUGGAACAAGCACUACUGUGUGAUCUCUGAUGACAAGCUGUACUAUGCAGAGGAGUACGAGCAGGAGGAAGAAGAUCUCAGGAAGAACCACUAUACAGAGUCCUGGUUUCAUGGCCGCAUGAAGGAGGGCAGGCUGAUGGGCGAGCGUCUGAUCUACGAUUACUGCGCAGAGAUCGGGGGGAGAGAUGGCACCUUCUUGGUCCGAGAGAGUGAUACCUAUGUCACAGACUUCACCCUCUCCUUCUGGCGGGGUGGGAGGGUCCAGCACUGUCGCAUUCGCUCGGGUUCUGAUGGGUCACACACUUACUACUUCCUGACGCCAAACCUGCACUUUCCCAGCGUGUACGCUCUGAUCCAGCACUACAGAGAAAACCCGCUGCGCUGCCAAGACUUUGAACUGCGCCUCACCGACACCGUGCCGCCGCCCAACCCACAUCUACGUGAAGGGUGGUUCUACAGUAACCUGAGCAGAGGUCAGGCAGAGGAUUACCUGCUGAGGAUUCCCAGAGAUGGAGCUUUCCUCAUCCGACAGAGAGAAGGAGAACCGGACUCCUUCGCCAUCACAUUCAGAGGUGAUGGUAAGGUAAAACACUGCCGGAUCCAGAAGGAGGGCAACAUGUACCUGCUGGGCACCACGACAGAGUUUGAGAGCUUGGUGGAACUGGUCAACUACUUCAGGAAGAAGCCACUCUAUCGCAAGAUCAAGCUGCGUUACCCCGUCACCCCCGAGCUGGUGGACCGCUUCAGCACCGAGAAAGACUGUGCCUCCCUUUACGAGAUGAAGACAUACGUGGAACCCAAUGAGAUUGAACCCUCACUGCCUAAAAGUACAGUUCGGGCUGUGUAUGGCUACCAAGCUACAAGGCCAGAUGAGCUCAGCUUCAGUAAAGGAGCUUUGAUACACAAUGUAUCACAGGAGAGCAAUGGAUGGCGGAAAGGUGACCACGGUGGAAAGGUGCAGCUGUUCUUCCCAUCUAACUAUGUAGAGGAAGUGUCCAACAACACCAAACCUGACAGCAAAAACCAGGACAUGGAAGACAACCCACUGGGUGAACUAUGUAAGGGUGUUGUGGACAUCUCCAAGUGCAACAUCCAAAACUUGAAGAUUGGUAAAAAUGGGAAGCCCCACGUGUUGACCCUGCAGGACAUGGAGCAGGAUAGUCUGCAGUUUGACCUGGCAGCAGGCUCUGUAGAGGAGCUGUAUGAAUGGUACAAGGUGGCCUGGGACAUUACUCAGAGAGCCAUGAGCAAGCAAUACAACAGGGAACAAGAGAUCAGACAGCAGGAGGAAGUGGAGAAGAAGGCAGAGGUUGCCAUGGAGAUGUCGGACCUGGUGGUCUACUGUCAGCCACGCAGCAAGGAGAAGGACCGCUUUGACAGCUACAGCUACAAAGAGAUCCGCUCCUUCGUGGAGAACAAGAUCCCAGGAAAGAGCCGCACCAAAGACUUCCUGCGGUACAACCGCAAAGCUCUGAGUCGGGUCUACCCAAAAGGUCAGCGUGUGGAGUCCUCCAACUACGACCCUUACCCUCUGUGGGCUUGCGGCUGUCACAUGGUGGCUCUCAACUACCAGACUGCAGAUAAAUACACCCAGCUGAACAGCGCCCUCUUCAGUGUGAAAGGACGGACAGGUUACGUGCUGCAGCCGGAGCUCAUGCGCUAUGAUAGCUACGACCCUCAGCAGGAGAAGAAGAAGGUCAAAUACAACAUUGUGGUUAGGGUGAUUGCUGCCAGACACCUUCCUAAGCCUGGCCGCAGCAUCGCCAGUCCAUUCGUGGAGAUCGAGCUGUGUGGACACACAGAAGAGAAGUUCAAAACCAUCGUCUAUCGUGAUAAUGGUCUGAACCCCGUGUGGAAAGCCCCAGCAGAGCCUGUUGUCUUCAACGUGUACGAGCCUGAACUCACCUUCCUGCGCUUUGUGGUCAAUGAGGAGGACAUGUUCUCAGACCCCAACUUCCUGGCUCAGGCCACAUUUCCUGUCAAAGGCAUCCGCUCAGGUUACCGCUCUGUUCCUCUUAAAAACGGCUACAGUGAAAACUUAGAAUUAGCCUCUCUGCUGGUCUACAUCAAUGUACAGCAAGCCGGGAAAGCGGAGGAGGAGCUGUACUCGUCCUCCAGCCAGCUGAAGAAGAAGCAGUCUGAGCUCAGCAGUGAAACCUUCCUGUACGACACACACACCAACAUUCAGCGCUCCAGCGAGAGGCACAGGACAAAAGAAAAGAAGAUAAACAACAGUAAGAACUACUCCUGAGGACUCAGCAGAACCUCGCCUGUCCACCUCCAUCCUGCCUGGGCCAUGGAAAAUGCCCACCACAAAUCUAAUGUCACCUCCCUCUGCUUCUCAAUAAUUUGUGAUCUGUGCAAUUACGAGUUUUCUAUUUGUGACAUGUUAUAAUUUUUCUUUUUCAUACCAAAAAAUGACAAAAAUCCAAUGUUCCCUCAAAUAGCUAUAUUUAUUUAAGAUAAGAAACGUAUGAUCUUUCCUGGGAAAUGCUGGAAACUAUGAACUUAAGUAGGGCUGGGUGAGGCAGGUUGAGGGAGGGUGAAUCAUGUAUCUCCUUUAUGAGGGAUAAGAUGUGAGGUUGUAACAUUUCCCAACAGACAGCCGGUGUGGUGCCAAACAAUUCUGCAUUCAGUCUGUACUCAAACUAUACAGAAUAUUUAUUGCCAGUUUAAGAGCAGCGACCACUGAAUGAAGUAACUGUUUCAGUGCAGAACAGCAGACUGUUCAUUGACUAAGGAGUGUGUGUUGAAAUUAUUAUUUUUUUGUCUAAUUUCAAGUGUGAAACGACAGAUGUGGAAUGUGGCGUUCAGGCACUGUGUGAGUCUGGUGACAUGAAAGUUGUUUUUGCUGUGUGUUUUCACCAGUGUGACAUUAUUUUCUCAGCCUGGUAAUGUGUUGUAUCCUUGAAAGAGAGGUCAGAUUAAUGAAAACAGGUGACUUAAUGUAAUGAGAACAUUUCAUGGACUUGAUUCAGAGGCGUCAUGCCAGCCAAAAUUUUUGGAAGGGCACAGUUAGAGCAGCAAGUGACACUUAACUGUCACCUUCCCUGAAAAAGAGCUAAAUUUUGUCUUCACCUUAAAACUUUACAGGGCGUAAAUUCACAUAAAAAGACUAGAUCCACAAUGUAGGUGACUGUAGAGAACAGAGAAAAUCAAGCCACAGAUGAAAGGAACCUUUCAACAUGGCAACAGCUGCAAGUUAAAACACGGUGCAGAGGAACCAGCGUGAGUACAGAUGAGACUGUGCUGACAUCACAGAGCAGUGUCUGCUCCAUUGCCAAUAAAAGCUCAGACUGAGCAGCACCAGCCAAAGUAUGUAUAACCCUUGUGUGUGUGUGUGUGCGUGCGUGCAAUAAUCGCCACAUGUAAAAUUUUCAUGUGAUUCCUUAACAUCUGUCUGACGGCGACUAACUUUAGCUGUAAGCAGCCAAUGAUAAUACAAAACAAGCUAUUCCUGUAUUUCUCAGAUGCAGUAAAGUGUGUAUAACCGAUUACAUUUCAUUUUCAAACAUUUGAAAAGAGAUUGAUGCUCCACUAAUCACCUCAGUAACACAUCCUGAACCUGUAGCCUUAAUGUCCUGUGGUCAAGACAUCAUUACAAGAAUAGUUUGACUCGUGAAAUAAAAUGAUCAUAGCUACAUUUUAUGAAAGACUAGUAGUAAACUAAAAUAUAAGAUAUUAAAAAAUCCAGAUAUGAAAAAUCUGGUGCCCCCCCCCCCCCCCCCCCCACCCCCACUUUGAAUUGUCAUACCGCCUCUGACUUAAUUGGAGGCCAGUGUUUAUAGUUUUUAUGUAAUCCCUCUGUCACCUUCUUAUGGAUUAAGUCAAUAAAGUAUGCUCGGUGAACUACACCCUA